AUGUCUCUUAACACUUCAAUGCAAAUGCUCACACUUGCAUGGAAUGGAAAACGUUUUAAAGAAUCAAAAUCUGCACGUAAUGCAGCUCGUCGAAGUAUUUUUCGUGCAACAACUAUUUUACUCAAUUCUGAAAUGAAAACACUUGAAAUUCAAAAUAAUGAAAUUAAUCACGAAAUCGAUCGAUGUCGACAUGAUCUACAUAAAUAUGAUAAUAAAUUACAAAUGCUUGAUAAUAUGACACAUUUGGCUACACAAUCUCUUGAAGUUUAUUUUCAAGCCCGUAUGGAAAAUUUAGGUGCAUUUGUUACUGAACAAUGUCGUAUUAUAUCGGAUGGUAUUCAAGAAGAAGCUGAUCAUUGGAAAGAAAUACAUGCUAUGUUACAACAAAAAUUAGUUGUACCAGGUGAUCUACGUUCUUAUGGUGGUGGCAAUGGAUUACCUCGUCCUGUUAAACAAAGUCCAAAUUUUAGUCGUAUUGCUGAAGAAGUUGAAGAAGAGGAAGAGGAGGUGGGAGAGAAAGAAGAGGUAGAAGAAAAGGAAACUGAUGUAUCUACUCUAUUGCAAUCACGAACACUAACACCGUUACUUACUCAAACAUUAAAAAACGCACGCUUACUUGCAUCAAAAUUAUCUCAAAAUACAUCAAUAGUUAUUCCACCGGAAUUGAAUAUGUCAAAAACGAUUGUUGAAGAACCACUACCGACUGCUAAUGUAUCAGACAAUCACGUUACAUUACGUGAUGUUUCUGUUAUUGAAAAAGCCGCUGAAGUCGAUCAUGAAAUACCGAAUCCAGACUUGUCUAUGUCUCUGUUACCAUUUAUUCCAACGACAAAUGCUGAUGAAGAAAAACAAAAUAAUAAAUCAAUCUGUUCAACUAUUUCCGAUAAGACAUUUGUUAAAACUUCUCUUAAACAAUUUUCAUCAGAUGAAGAUUCUGAUGACGACGACGACGAGGAUGAUGACGAAGACGAUGAUGAAACUAUUAUUGAAGAUAGUUUUAGUACUAAUGUUAUCGAAAACAAACGACCAUUAUUAUUAACGGCUGAUCGAUCUAUUCGUAGAAUAAUUACACCAUUGCGAACAGAAAAACAUUCAUUAUCACAUAUAAUGAGUAUUGAAAAACCAAAAUUUAAACAAGAAAAAGUCAGUUUUCGAGAACCAUUACCUAUCGUAAAAAGUCAAUCAAAUAAAACUUUGCCACCAAACAAGAGCACAAUCGAGAUUGAAAAGCUAAUGAUUAAACAAGAAAACUUCAGUUUUCGUGAACCAUUACCAGUUGACAAAAAUCAAUCGAACUUUAAAUUAUUAUCAAAUAAUAAUACAUAUGAUCUCGAUAAGACAACAACUGAACAAGAAGUCAGUUUUCGAGAACCAUUUCCUGUCGAAAGCAAACAAAAAGAAAAUACAUUACCAUUACAUGAUACUACAGCUGAUAAUGAUAAAUCAUCUCAUGUUCAUUCGACGACUAUCACCAAUUCUAAUACAUCGAAAUUAUUACCAAUCAAAUCUGCUGAUUCAAGUGAGGAAGAUGAAAAACUAGAUGUAAUACAACCAUUAGCACUGAAACCAAUUCAUCAAGAACUAUCAAAACCAAACAAAAGUCCAAUGGUUGAAAAUCCUGUGAAGCGAAGAGCAACUCGGCGAGCUACCAUUCGAAUUCUUCGAGAAAAUCAAAAUGAUAAUUUACCGACACUGCCACCACCACCACCUGUGGAAAUGCCAACAAAAACUCGUUAUCAAACUCGGUAUUCUACACGAUUGGCGGCUACGGUUACGAAUGAAGAUAUUACAUUAAGACGAAUAUCAACUGUUAAUCGACGAACAACACGUUUUACUUCUGACUGA